CUUUUAAGCGAAUGGUACAAGAGCGCUUUUAUUUUAAUCAAUCACGUGAUAUUAAGCUCCCUAUUUUGCCUGUUUGGAAUAGGGGGAAAUGUUAUAAACAUCUGUGUGUUUGUUAAGCAGGGUCUGUCCAAAUCGAUGAAUGCAAAUUUCUUUGCCAUGGCAGUUUCGGACAUCCUCGAGACGGUCGCCCAGCUGUGGCAAAACGUUUGUUUAAACCCUUACCUGCUACGAACAGAUUCGAUCAUUGAUUUUGACGACAUUCAGUACCUGACCGCUGGUUGGCCCAGUCUCGUCCUUGUGAGAAUCACCGGUUGGAUCACUGUGUAUGUCACGGCAGAGAGAUGCCUGUCCGUUACGUUUCCGCUGAACAUCAAACAAAUUGUAACGCCACGGCGCACAGCCGCCAUUUUGGUUUUCAUCUACGUCACCAACAUUGCAGGAGUUAUCCCCCUUUAUUUCUCGGCCUAUUUCAGCUGGAAUUUUUACCCGGCCCAGAACAGAACAAAGCUUGGGAUCUCCUUCAGGCGGAACAAACAUGACGUUGAAAGUUUGAUCUUUUCCAUCCAAGCCUCGCUGACAAUCAUCGCUUUCUGUUCCGUCGUCGUCCUCACAUCUUUUUUAAUAGUUCAGCUGAACCUGAAAUCAAAAUGGCGUCGAACGUCAACGCUUGAAGUCGGUAAAUCCCACGGUAUUUCCUCUCGGGAGAGAAAGGCUGUCGCCAUGGUGAUUGUCGUGGCCUCCGUUCUGCUCAUCUGCUACACGCCGGCUGUUGUCUGCUCCCUGGCGACUGCCAUCACGCACGACUUCAGCAUCACGGGUGAACAAGUGAACGUGUUCCACGCGGUGUGGUCUUUCGCCUUCCUGUUCCACUCGAUGAACUCCAGCGUCGCCGUCAUUUUAUAUUACAAGAUGAGCUCCAAGUACAGGGAGACGUUCCGUGAUAUAUUUCCGAGAUGGGGCAAAAUCGGGUUUCGGUGA